CCACGUCCUCGCCCACUUCCGGCGCGGCGGGCGGGCGGCUGAGGGAGGAGGAGCCGCACCGCCGCCCCUGCCCCGGGCCAGCCCCGGGAUGGUGUUGGCCGCGGGAGCCGGGCCCUGACGCCGUGCUCAGACUGAAGACAGCAGUAAUGCUCACUCUGGCAAGCAAGUUGAAGCGGGAUGAUGGUGUCAGAGGACCCCGUGCAUCCAAUCCAGCUUCUGAUUCCACUCGGAGGGUGUCUGUACGAGAUAAACUGCUUGUUAAAGAGGUUGCGGAACUUGAAGCUAAUUUACCUUGUACAUGUAAAGUGAAUUUUCCUGACCCAAACAAGCUUCAUUACUUUCAGCUAACCGUAAUCCCAGAUGAGGGCUAUUACCAAGGUGGAAAAUUUCAGUUUGAAAUUGAAGUUCCUGAUGCCUACAAUAUGGUGCCUCCGAAAGUAAAAUGCUUGACAAGAAUCUGGCAUCCAAACAUCACAGAGACAGGAGAAAUCUGCUUAAGUUUAUUGAGAGAACAUUCAAUUGAUGGCACUGGCUGGGCUCCAACUAGAACAUUAAAGGAUGUUGUCUGGGGAUUAAACUCUUUAUUUACUGAUCUUUUGAAUUUUGACGACCCUUUGAAUAUUGAGGCUGCAGAACAUCAUUUGCGUGACAAGGAGGACUUCAGGAAUAAAGUUGAAGAUUACAUGAAGCGCUAUGCGAGAUGAUGAAGGUUGAUGGCCAGCAGGACCACGGCUUCCAUGCUGUCUUUAACUUCAACAACACCAACCAGAAGAAAACCAGCCCGGACUGUGCCAGUCCAGUGUCCAUGUUGUACCGAAGAAGAAACCUAACUUCAUAACUUGUCCAUGUUAAAAGGAGAGUUCAGCAUCAAUACAGCAAGAAAUUGUGUUUGUUGGUUGAAAAAACAAAAAAAAAAAAACAAAAAAAAACCAAGUUGUUUGCUUACUUUUAAAAUGUUUACUCCUCUGAACUGUACUGUAUAUCCUGUUGAUGAGAUAUGCUUGACAAGUUAAAAGAAAUCACUAUUGGAAUUGUAAUUAUUAUUAUUAUUAUUUUUUU